UGUAAAAAGCAAUGUAGCUUUACAGUAAUUUUAGCCUGUUACUGCUGACUGGGUCUGUACCGUAAUUCUUUUUUGCGAUACUGACACAAAUCUUGUGCCACUGCUCCACAAAUGCUUACUGGAAUGGAUACCGAAAACGUGAUCUUCAUUAUCCUUGGCCUCGGACUUCUUUACUGCGCAGGCGGUGCGGAUGCUCAGUACUACAAUUCGUAUCCCGAUUUGGAGAACACAUGCAAUCAAAGUCUCACGAUUGAGUGUCCUUACCCAUACACCGGUCGCGCCGGUACAUUCCGCUACUACUUUAUACCGAACAUGCCCAUGGGACUAUGCACCUUCAACGUGACACUAGCAGCCGACUGCGGAGGGCCGUACGACCGUUUCGCGUUUUAUUUCAAUGUUCGGAAAUUUAUUCUGCCGACCGCCGAUUAUGUCCGAAUCUACCAAACUGCUGGAUCACUGCGUUUCCUUCUCAAAGAGUUAACCGGCAGAUACACCGCUUGGUACUUUCCUUCUUCCGUCGCGCAAGCUCUGACGUCGUACGCCAAACAGCCUUCAAUUACCUUCGAAUAUUUCCGCGGCAGUGCCCUAUCUACCGGAUCGCAUGAGGCUUACAUCGACUUUGUUGUCGUUGAAAAUGACUCACAUUCAAUGAAUACGCGGUGCACAGCUUUGUCGGGAUACGUGAACAACAAUUUCAUCUGUCAUACGGACGGAACAAAUGAGCGAGUCAACUGUCCAGCCAGCUUCACUCCCAUCGUGAAUGGAAUGAAUCCGGCCUACUCGCGGCAAUGCGCGCCCCAAACAACAACCACGUAUCCAUACUACUGGUACUCGUCGACGCCGAGUUACUGGAAUUCGCAUAGCAAUUAUGACUACGGCUUGAGUUCCGGCGCCAUUACGGGAAUUGUCAUGGGCAGUGUGUUCUUUGUCGUCUUUCUCAUAGCGGUUGCUUCCGCCGCUUGCUCAGCCAGUCGUAAAACAUCUCCCAGCCGACCCAUUCUGGCAUUGACUAGCGGUAACAUCAACACUAGUCGGCCCGUUGUUGUCGGACAGCCUGCUUUUGCUGUCGAACCCACUCCGCCGUUUAUGGGAGCACCCCCGUCUUAUGGAGAAGUUACUGCAUUGCCGGCACAAAAAGCUACUGCAUCACCGGCACAAGUCAGCGUUCCUAUGCCUCAACCACCAAUACCAAAAUUUUAAGUGAAUCGACUGCUCACCAAGCUAGUGUGCAGGAUAUGUUUCUGUGAUACAGAGUGCUCUAUACAGCUUUCCUGAUAUUAUGAAGCGCAAGGUUGAAUUUUAUACAAUCUGUGUAAUCUUUUGUGUGCCUGCGCCUUUAUAAAUGAAUUUUAUACAAUCUGUGUAAUCUUUUGUGUGCCUGCGCCUUUAUAAAUUACAACCAUCCGAUAACACUUUCGAUUAUGGCUUUGUUGCUCAGAUUUUUAAGAUUUUUUGAAAUUGUUAAUCAAGUCAAUGUAGUGCAGCAGUGACAGACUGUAUGGCACUUUGUU